AACGUUUGCUAUGUGUCUAGCUAGCAAAGGGUCUACAAGUGUUAAUUAAUAUUUAGCUAGCUAACUAUGAACCUGUAUUUGCUUUGGGGUUAAUGUUAACCUUUAGAAAGUUUAAUCGACAGUAAUGAAUUACCAGUUAUUAUCUAAAUUACUGAUUCUUUUGCUGUUUGUAUUUAAAAAUAACAAGGUCGUUCAUCAGACAAUAUUAGGCUAAUGUGCUGUAAUAACUAGCUAGGUUUAGCGUGAAAUAUUUAGCUGGCUAGCUAGUCAGAUUUAUUAUUGCAAAUGAGCAAUAGUAAGAUAUUUUAACUUUUGCAAAUCAAUUCUAUCUCUUCUAAUAUAUACAAUUCUUGGUUAACAGCACCAUGUACGGACACACAUACGCACACACAAACACACACACACACACACACACACACACACACACACAUUUACACCCAGGGGCAAUUUAUCAUAUGUGGUUUUGUUUUGCUAUUUUGAGAAUUUCUAUAGAACACCUAUUAGCAUCAACAGCAGCUAUUUCAGCACACUCUUGAAGGACUAUCCCCUUUCUGCAGAAUUUGCCUCAGGCCGUUCUUCGUUGUUAAAUUUCCUUAAGGAGUUAAGAAUGAUUUGCAUUUUCCACUAAGAACAUGUAUUUAGGUUUCAAACAAACCCACAUACAAACUGAGCAGCUCUGUGAGUAAGGUGCUCAGAGAGGCGACUAACUGAUCUGUGCUGAUCAUGGUGAGAACCUUCUAACAAUAAUAAGUGUAUUCACGGUUUCUUGUUUCUUAAUUUCUAUGUUACCUGAUGAACACACUGUAAAAAGUGUUUGGGAAUUUAAUCUUGUUGGUGCCUUUUUCUUCUGUUUCACAAAUGUCUCAGCUUCUUUCAUUAUGUAAAUUAUGAUAAUAAAGCAUCAGAUUUAUUGAAAUCAGGGAUGUCUGUGACACAGAUUGAUUUCGAAUUCAUUUCUUGUCUUUCAAUCAACUGUCUUAGCAAUUUAAACACGGACGAUAUUGUUCAUUUUUUAUUUUUAUUUAUUGUUAUUCAAUAAUGAACUGCUUUUUUUUUCUUCUUUUAAGCAUUGCUUAUGCAAGAGUGUAACUAUAGACUAUAAUAUUGUAAAAUAUUACAGGUUUAGUCAUUUUCCUAUCUGAUGAACAUAGUACAGGAUAAAUAAAGUUAUUUUUUCUCCAUAGAUUAAAUGUUUCCUGUUUUUUUUUUUGUUGUUGUUUAACUGUAUAAGGUUUUUUUUUUUGCACUUCCUGCAUCAAUUUCAGUGGCUAAACCGACCAGACAGUAAUUAUGAAAUGCAAAUAAUGUUUUUGCUUGUUGAUUUUGCAUUUGUUCCUCCAUUAAAGUCCUGUAAAUAAAAAUAAUAUGUAACGCACAUCUCAUAGUUCGUUGUAUUUUAUAUAGGCGGACAUGCUGCAGCAAUACUGUAGAAUGACAAACUAGCUAGUAUGUGACUAGAUGUAGAUUAUUUGGUUUAUAAAUAAAGUAUAGUUUAGGUUUGUGAGUAAGGAAAUAUCUAAAAUUAAACAUUAUAUAUGUAUGUGUGUUGCAGUGGAUAUCACCUAGCAAGUCUAGUUACAUUAGCUAUAUGCUUUAAAGCAUGUUGCUUAUUGUAUUUUUUUCCCCCUGAUAUAUUAAAAAUUUUGCAUGUAUACAGUACACAUUAGGUUGGUGUGCCACAACAGAACACAAAGUAUGUGUAUUUCAACAACAUCUAUGAUUUGGUAUUGUAUAAAUGAUUAAAUACAAAAAGGAUAAAUUGACCAUUUUAAAAACCAUGUGACUGAAUCUCCAUAACUACGGCGAAGAUGUUGUUGACGUGCGCUUUUACACAGAGCAAGACUGCCAUUUUCUGCCCAAUACCAAUGAUUUUGAGUUGAUUUUGGAGACUCAACUUUCUUAUGAAACUAGUUAGAUUUAGUUUUUUCCACUAUGCUAUUCCCGCCACUGUUAAGUCUCAGUGUAUGUAUAAAAGGAUGUAAGUAAAAAAUUACAGGCACCAUUGGACAGGACAUCAAGUCAGCUAUCUAUUUUUUGUGUUGCCUCUGGUGUUGGAGGGAUGAACAGCGUGACAGCUUACGCCACUCUCCUCUACUCUCAGAUUAAUGUGUCCUGGCAUGUUUAAGGCAGAUAUAUCUUUGAUUAAACCUUUUCUUGUUUUGCUUGGAGAAUCACUGUAAAAGCAGAUUUAUGAAGGCCAGCCUGUGAAGAAGAAGAAGAAGAAGAAGAAGAAGAAGAAGAAGGGGAACUCCAACACUGUGAUUUACCAAGGAAGUCUAAAUUAAUUAUGUGGUUGGCUUUACACCUAGUCAGUGUAAUAAACUGGAAGAGAAAACAGAAGUAAGUUCAGUGAUUUAAGUUACAGAUUCAUUUUACUUGAGUCAGUGGGCCAGGUCAUAUCUCAGGAAAGGAAAAUGGAAACACCGUUGGAGCGUCAGUAUGGAUUUGAGUAUAAUGAUUCAUUUAAUUAUCCUUAUUAUAAUGAAGUUCCCUGUAACAACAGAUAUGAGGCUGAAUAUAGACACAUUGCAAUUCCCAUAAUCCUCUGCAUUGUGAUCGCCCUCAGUCUCUUGGGUAACAUCCUGGUUAUUGUAAUCAGUGUAUUCUGUAGGAAUAUUAGAUCACUGACCAACAUCUUCAUCAUCAACUUGGCUCUGUCAGACCUGCUGUUCACCGUCGGACUGGUGGUCACUGUCGGACUGCCGUUCCGGGUCUACUACGAAUAUUCCUGGGGUUGGACUUUUGGAGAUGCAAUGUGUAAAGUUAUCCACUUCGCUUUGUCAGCUGGAUUUUACAGCAGCAUGGUGUUCCUGGUGCUGAUGAGCAUUCAGCACUACAUGGCCGUAGUGCACCCACUCUCACGCUGGAAGAAAGGACGCUGCUUCACACUCGUUCUCGUCAUCCUGUGGGUGGUGAGCGUCUUGGCAGCGUUGCCAGGUUCAGUGCACAGCAUACCAAUCUCUGAUUCAGAAAGCCUUCUUUUAUUAUACUGCACGUCCAACAGCAAUACUGUGUUUGUUGCUGUCUCAUAUGAAGAGAGCAUUGUUUUUGUGUGCACCUUUGUGGUCAUGGCUUUUUGCUACAUCAGGAUUCUUCAAACCAUCUUCAAGUCACCAACAAACCGGAGACACAGAACUACUGGACUCGCCUUCUUUCUGGUAGCUACGUUCUUUAUUUGUUGGGCUCCUUAUAACAUAAUGAAUUUUCUUCACGUCUUAAUUCAUCAUGAGAUCAAGUUUAUCACACAGUGUGAAGACUUACGUCUCCAAUACGCCAGCUACAUCUGCCAACUUUUGGCUUUCACCCGAUGCUGCCUCAAUCCAGUGAUCUAUGGGUUAUUUGGUCUAAAAUUCCAUAAGACAGCGCGAGAGGUUUUUCAAAGGCGAGCUACUUUAAACGUUGCACAAAUGAGGAUGGUAGAUUGCCAUUCUGACAGUUAAAAUAAUUAAGUCCCAGAGCUGGACAUAAAUUAUGAUUUCUUUUCAAAUAAAUAAUGUCCUUUAACUUCACUUGCUCUUAAGAUUUGACUUCACCUACACAGCGGAGUCUUUUUCGCUCUUCUAUUAUUUUUAUUUUUUGCACUCGGCCUUCCAGCUCUACAGUAUUUGGAUUUUUAUUGAAGAUAUUGUCGUUGCAUUACUUCGCCUAGAUUUUGUGGACUUACUCCUCUUAAAUUUACUUCUGUGUUAAUGUGGUUGUCUGUUUUGAUGCUCUGACCGGGUUAGAGUUUCUGUUUAUUUAAUUUUAUUAGUGUUAUCUCCUCGGCUUUACGUGCUACACUGUUAUAUUAUUUGUUACAAGUCUUAAAAGGUAAGGACAUUAUACUUAUUAUUGUGUGCAGACUGUUUAUCAGUCUUGGUAAUUUUGUUGGUUAGUCCAGUUUACUCUCCGAGUUGUUUUCACAUUGUGGACAACGUUCGGUUUUUGUAGGAUACACUGCUGUCUCAUUUGUUUAUGGAGACUUUGGGUGUGGGUGUUUGGAGGAUUGUGAGAGUAAGCAGAACAUGCCAAUGCUUUGAAGGAUGUAAUGUUAUUUAAUUGCGAAUCUGUUUUUAGAGGAUUUAAACCUAACAUGGUGAACAAAUUAUAUUAUAGAAUUCAGGCAAUUUUACUGGGGUUAUCUCAUACAGUGUAGCAAGUAAUAAUCUGGAAAGACCUUUGUAAUAUCACAGUCUAAAACUGGAUUUAAAGAGAAGCAAAUUAGUAAAUGAAUCACAUGUAAAUGAAUCAUACGUAAAUGAAUCACAUGAAAAUGUAUCACAUGAAAAUGAAUCUCAUGAAAAUGAAUCACAUGUAAAUGAAUCAUACGUAAAUGAAUCACAUGAAAAUGUAUCACUUGAAUAUGAAUCACAUGAAAAUGAAUCUCAUGAAAAUGAAUCACAUGUAAAUGAAUCAUACGUAAAUGAAUCACAUGUAAAUGAAUCACUUGAAUAUGAAUCUCGUGAAAAUGAAUCACAUGUAAAUGAAUCAUACGUUAAUGAAUCACAUCUAAAUGAAUCACAUGUAAAUGAAUCACAUGUAAAUGAACCAUAUGAAAAUGAAUAAAUAAAUUAAAGACAAAAUAAAUAAAUAAUUAAAUAAAUAAAUAAGUUACUUUACAUUGGUAAGUCACUGUACGUUAUUAUAUGG